AUGGAGUUGCGGCUGGGGGGCUACAUGGCAGUGGCGGCUGCGGUCCUGCUCCUCGUGCUGCCGGGCACCCAGGGCCAGCCCAGCACUCCCGGUCCUAAGUGUGACUGUGGCUACGAUUUCCAGAAGAGGAGCGGUCUGUUCUGUUGCAAGGGCUGUCCAGCAGGGCACUACCUGAAGGCCCCCUGCCCAAAGCCUUGCGGAACCGCCACCUGCCUUCCGUGCCCCCGGGGCACCUUCCUGGCCAGGGACAACCAUCAUGAGACCCGCUGUACCCGCUGCCAGGCCUGUGAUGAGGAGGUCUCCCAGGUGGCCCUGACGAACUGCUCAACGGUGGCAGACACCCACUGUGGCUGUGAGCCAGGCUGGUUCCCAGAGUGCUUGGUCAAGUCUUGCAAGAUCGGCUCACCCUUCCGCUGCCACCCAUGCUCAGACUGCAGGGCCCUGCGCCGCCACACACGGGUGCCCUGUUCUGCCAGAGAUACCGACUGUGGGACCUGCCUGCCUGGCUUCUACGAAUAUGGCAACAGCUGCGUGCCCUGCCCCACGAGCACCCUCGGGAGCUGUCCUGAGCCCUGUGUGACUAUUUGUGGCUGGAGGCAGAUGUUUUGGGUCCAGCUGCUCCUGGCUGGCCUGGUGGUCCCACUCCUGCUUGGUGCUGUGCUGACCUACACUUACCAUCGCUGCCAGACUUGCAAGCCCGCGGUUGCUAAUGAAGCUGGGACGGAGGCCCUGACUUCCCUACAGGCCACCCACCUCUCACCCAGGGACAGCACCCACACCCUUCUAGCGCCACUCAGCAGUAGGGAGAAGGUCCACACCGUCCAGUUGGUAGGCAACGGCUGGACCCCUGGCUCCCCCCAGACCCAGGAGGUGCCCUGCCCGGAGGUGACAUGGUCCUGGGACCAGCGGCACAGCAGAGCUCUUGGCCCGCCGCCGCCGCCGCUUUCGCCAGCGCCCCCUGCAGGCUCGGCGGCCGCCACGCUCCAGCCCGGCUCGCAGCUCUACGACGUGAUGGACGCGGUGCCGGCGCGGCGCUGGAAGGAAUUCGUGCGCACCCUGGGCCUGCGCGAGGCGGAGAUCGAGGCCGUGGAGGUGGAGGUCGGCCGCUUCCGCGACCAGCAGUACGAGAUGCUCAAGCGCUGGCGUCAGCAGCAGCCCGCGGGCCUGGGCGCCGUCUACGCGGCGCUGGAGCGCAUGGGGCUGGACGGCUGCGCCGAGGACCUGCGCAGCCGCCUGCAGCGCGGCCCGUGA